AUGGCAGUCAAAAAGGAUGUAAAAAAUGCGAAAAAAACUAGUGGAAAAAAUGCAAAAAAAAUUUCCAAAAUUCUUGGAAAAAAAAGUAAAAUAGUAAAAAGCACAAAGGGAAUUAAAUAUAUUCUUGAUUGUACUAAGCCAGUCAAGGAUACUAUUUUGGAUAUUAGCGGAUUGGAACAAUUUUUUAAGGACAAAAUAAAGGUUGACAACAAAACUAACAACCUAAAAAAUAAGAUAGUAGUAACAUCAGACGACUACAAAAUAUAUAUUACUGUUCAUAUUCCAUUUUCAAAAAGAUAUAUUAAGUAUUUGGCAAAAAAAUACUUAAAAAUGCACCAAAUUAGAGACUUUUUGAGAGUUAUAGCAAAGGGAAAAUUGGCAUACGAAUUUAAAUAUUUUCAAUUAAAUAAUGAAUAA